GCGACUGCUGCGCCACCGCCUGCCACGCGUCCGCGCCCGCGCCGUCAGUCACGCGACACCAUGGCGUCCCUGACCGUGGGCCAGGGCCGCGUGCCCGUGACCGUGCUCAUCGGCUACCUCGGGAGCGGGAAGACGACGCUGCUCAACCGCAUCCUCGUGGAGCGCAGCGACAAGAAGUACGCCGUCAUCGUCAACGAGUUCGGGGAGCUGGGCAUCGACGACCGCCUCGUGCGGCGGCGCAUCGACGCCGAGGAGGACAUCUUCGAGAUGAACAACGGCUGCAUCUGCUGCACGGUCCGCGCGGACCUGUCGCGGAUCCUCAACAAGCUCCUGGCGCCGGGCAUGAAGGAGCUCGACGGCGUCAUCGUCGAGACGACGGGCCUCGCGGACCCGGCGCCCGUGGCCCAGACCUUCUUCGUCGACGAGGUGCUCAAGGAGCGCGCGCGGCUCGACGCGCUGGUCACGGUGGUCGACGCGAAACACAUCGUGCAGCACCUCGAGGAGCAGAAGCCCGACGGCGUCGAGAACGAGGCCGUGGAGCAGGUCGCCUUCGCGGAUCGCAUCCUCCUGAACAAGUGCGACCUCCUCGACGAGGGCGAGCUCGCGGCCGUCGAAUCGAAGCUCCGGUCGCUGAACAAGGUCGCGCCGCUGAAGCGCUGCGAGCGCGCCAAGGGCUUCGCGCUCGACUUCGUGCUCGGCGUCGAGGCCUUCGACCUCAAGAAGGUGCUGGACAUCGAGCCCGACUUCCUCGACACGGACGGCGAGCACGUGCACGACGACUCGAUCACGUCCAUCGGCCUGCGGCAGGCGGGCGCGCUCGACAUGGUCCGCGUGAACGCGUGGCUGACGGACCUCCUCGCCAAGGAGGGCGUCAACAUCUUCCGCAUGAAGGGCAUCCUCAACAUCCGGGGCCAGGACAUGAAGUUCGUCUUCCAGGGCGUCCACAUGCUCUUCUCGGGCGAGCCGCUCGAGCCGUGGAACGACGAGCCCCGCGAGAGCCGCAUCGUCUUCAUCGGCCGCGACCUGAAGAAGGAGAGCCUCGAGCGCCACCUCGCCUCCUGCCUCGCCUAGGCCGCGUCGAGGGCGGCCCCGGGCGCCCGCCGCCGCGCCCCGUUUAGUUCGUUUCCCGUG